UGAAGCCGUCAGCUCGUCCUGCACGUGGCUACCGCAGGGUGAGUGUGGGCCCUGGUGCUUCGUAAAUAGAAGUUGACUUUUAGUUCACUUCACAACACUUACUGAGACUAAACGGCACUCACCGGCACCGUCUUUCUCUGUAGCUGCUAGUCUUCACAUGCCAAUAUGAAGUACAUCUUAGUUACUGGCGGUGUCAUAUCUGGCAUUGGUAAGGGCAUUAUUGCCAGCAGCGUGGGAACAAUCCUCAAAUCCUGCGGCCUUCAUGUCACAGCCAUCAAAAUCGAUCCGUAUAUCAAUAUUGAUGCUGGCACCUUUUCACCUUAUGAGCAUGGUGAAGUGUUUGUUCUCGAUGAUGGCGGGGAGGUGGAUUUGGACUUGGGGAACUAUGAGCGUUUCCUGGACAUCCGCCUUACCAGAGACAACAACCUCACCACUGGAAAGAUCUAUCAGUCGGUCAUCAACAAGGAGAGAAGGGGAGACUACCUGGGCAAGACUGUACAGGUGGUACCCCACAUCACAGAUGCCAUCCAGGAGUGGGUGAUGAAGCAGGCCAAGAUCUCUGUGGACGAUGAUGGUGUGGAGCCUCAAGUUUGCGUCAUAGAGCUGGGAGGCACAGUGGGGGACAUUGAGAGCAUGCCCUUCAUCGAGGCCUUCAGACAGUUCCAGUUCAAGGUGAAGAAGGAGAACUUCUGCAACAUCCAUGUCAGCCUGAUACCGCAGCCCAAUACCACAGGGGAGCAGAAAACCAAACCGACCCAAAGCAGUGUCCGAGAGCUCAGGGGGCUGGGCUUGUCUCCAGAUUUGAUUAUGUGCCGCUGUACGACGCCCCUAGAAACGGCUGUCAAGGAGAAGAUCUCCAUGUUUUGUCAUGUGGAGCCCACACAGGUGAUCUGUGUCCAAGAUGUCUCCUCGGUCUAUAGAGUGCCCCUGCUGCUGGAGGACCAGGGUGUUGUGAACUACUUCUGUCAGCGUCUGAACCUGCCUAUUGAGAUGAGGCCCAGGAAGAUGCUCACAAAGUGGAAGGAGAUGGCAGACAGAUCGGACCGUCUCUUGGAACAUGUUUCCAUAGCCCUGGUGGGGAAAUACACAAAGUUAGCCGACUCCUACACCUCUGUUAUCAAGGCCCUAGAGCACUCAGCCCUCGCCAUUAAUCACAAACUAGAGGUCAAGUACAUAGACUCUGCAGACCUGGAACCCACCACUCUGCAAGAUGAGCCAGUGAAAUAUCAUGAGGCCUGGCAAAAACUCUGCAGCUCUCAAGGUGUGUUGGUACCAGGAGGUUUUGGUGUGAGAGGGACAGAGGGCAAGAUGCUCGCUAUUAACUGGGCAAGGAAACAGAAUAAGCCAUUCCUGGGCGUGUGUUUGGGCAUGCAGCUGGCAGUGUGCGAGUUCGCCCGCAAUGUUCUCCAAUGGGAAGAUGCCAACUCCACAGAAUUUAAUCCAGAAACCGAACACCCCGUGGUGAUUGACAUGCCAGAGCACAACCCAGGCCAGAUGGGUGGAACUAUGAGGUUGGGGAAGAGGCGGACCAUUUUCGGAUCCAACCCCAGUGUACUGAGAAAACUGUAUGGAAACGUGGAAUAUGUUGACGAGAGGCACAGACACAGAUUUGAGGUGAACCCUGAGCUGAAGCACCACUUUGAAAAAAAGGGUCUUCAUUUUGUCGGCCAGGAUGUGGAAGGAGAGCGAAUGGAGGUCAUUGAAUUGGAGGAUCAUUGCUACUUUGUUGGGGUGCAGUACCAUCCAGAGUUCACCUCGAGACCCAUCAAACCUUCUCCUCCAUACUUUGGUCUCCUGCUGGCUGCUGCAGGAAAACUCCAGAGCUACCUGAACAAGGGCUGUCGCCUCUCUCCACGGGACACUUACAGCGGCAGCAGUGGCAGCAGCUCUCCUGAAGCAGACAUCUGCGAGCUGAAGUUCCCCUCUUUGUCCUGAGACUAAAGCACGUGUGGUUGUUCCAUUUUGUGUGUCUCUCAUUCAGGUAAAUGCAAGGCCCGGGGAAAAAAAGCUGGUCUGCCACAAAGCCAAAUUUUUAUUGAACUGUUUUUAUGCUCUAAUCGGUACAAUAUGGUACAAUUUAUGCUCUAAAUAUAUUAUACCCUCUGAGAUUGUGUAAAGGUGAAGGGAGACCUUGCAGUUAACUUCGUGGGGCUUUAGAGUUCCUGCAGUAACCAAAGCAUUUAUGAGGGAUUGUAUGAAAAGGAAUACCUGUGUGGAAUACCUGUGCAGGAAAGCUUUAUUGAAUGAAAUAAAAAUGGAAUAGGGUGAAACAUGAAUGAGAAGACAGCCUGCAAGAGUACAGUAUGUGCAAUGUCUUGCCACUUUAAGAUAUUUUGUGAAGAGGUGGAUAGUAUAAAUUGUAUUGCUUUAUAGAAGCCUGUGACUUGCGCAGAGCAAGCAGAUCAGUUUGCCGGAGGCAACGGUGACAAGGGGUUUAGGGUAAGAGUCAGGGUCUGUGCAAUCAGGUUUCCUGCAGCUGUCCUGCAAAUCAGUCCAAUCCAAUGAAUGAAAACACUUACAAGAAACAUUGUGACUCUGACAGUUUGCAGCUCUUUUCCUGUGUAUUAUUACAGUUGCAUCAUUGAUGCAUUUAAUUGUUUGAAAUGUUUAUUAUCUCUUAAAAUUGUAUUUUAUGUAUUCAUGUAUUUCUCCUUUUAGGUUUAGAUAACAUCUUACAUAUCAAACACUCAUUCAGGGUUAGUACACUGAAGUGUAAACUACAUGCUUUUCUGUUUUGCAAUAAUCUUGCACUGUAUUACAUGGAGUGUGCAUGCAAAUCCAUAUGCAAGAUUAAACAGGACCACAAAAUAUAGCUUUUGUGACUGUAGGGUAUAUAUGAAUUUGUCUGUUAAAAAAAAAAAAAAAAGUGGUUUGUCAUUGGAA